AUGUCGAAUAGUACAGGCAAUACCCUGCAGAUUGUGGCCUUUGCAGCUCCAAAAAGAGCUGUGACAUCCACAUUCCUGUCCAUAGUGAACGGGGGAAAAACAUUCGCAUACACAUUGCAGCAUGCUUUGUUGUGGGCGUUGUUGUUUGUGCUGUUGGCACAUGAACAGUCUCGGAUUGAAUCAAUCCACCCAUUCUUCACCAAGCCUAAAUUAAAUGGCUGUCAAACUAUCAGCAAUGUUUUUUUUGCCCAUCAACACGGUAGUUUAGCCAAUUGGUAUUUGAUUGAACAUGCAGUUCAGACAAGUUUGAGGCGGUUGUUUUGUUUUUUCCGUGACAGCAUGACAAUCGCAGGUGAUGAUGUGCAUCAAACCCAAAGUUGUUUUUUCUUAUGGAUUUGUGGCAGAAUUGAGUUGCAGUGA